UUUGAAAACUAUAUAUUGUGGCAACUACUCGUUGACCAUGAGGCUUAUAAAAUUAGCGAAUGUGCAGGAUUGUGUGAAAGUGGAAGUAUUUGACAGACCUUUGGUUUUUACAAAUCAAACUGCUCUUUUUAUUGAACAGAGUAUCUGUCAGGCUCGAGCUGCUGUUAUGAUAUAUGAUGAUGCUAAUAAGAAAUGGGUGCCUGCUGGUGGUUCAACAGGUUUCAGCAGAGUUCAUAUUUACCAUCAUACUGGGAACAAUGCAUUCAGAGUAGUUGGAAGGAAAAUCCAGGACCAUCAGGUGGUUAUAAAUUGUGCCAUUCCUAAGGGACUUAAAUACAAUCAAGCAACCCAGACCUUUCAUCAGUGGCGAGAUGCCAGACAAGUUUAUGGUCUAAACUUUGGAAGCAAAGAGGAUGCCAAUGUAUUUGCUAGUGCCAUGAUGCAUGCCUUGGAAGUGUUAAAUUCACAAGAUUCAGGUCCAACAUUGACACGACAGAAUUCUCAGCUCUCCCCUCAUGUACAGAAUGGUCCUUCACAAGAGGAGCUGGAAAUGCAAAGGAGGCAGCUGCAGGAACAGCAGCGACAAAAGGAACAAGAGAGAGAAAGACUAGAGAGGGAGAGGACUGAAAGAGAGCGCAUCGAAAAGGAAAGAGUGGAAAGAGAACGACUAGAGCAGGAGCAGCUGGAUCGCGAGAGGCUAGAGAGAGAGCGGCUUGAACGCCUGGAGCACGAGAGGCUGGAGAGAGAGCGGCUUGAACGCCUGGAGCACGAGAGGCUGGAGAGAGAGCGGCUUGAACGCCUGGAGCACGAGAGGCUGGAGAGAGAGCGGCUUGAACGCCUGGAGCGUGAGAGACAAGAGCGUGAAAGGCUUGAACGAGAGAGACUAGAACGUGAACAACUGGAAAGGGAACACCAGGAACAGCUUGAAAAAGAGCAAAUGGAUUGGGACAGAGAGAGGAGGAUGUCUAGUAAUGCUCCGUCUCUAGACAGCUCGCUGUACAGCAGUCCUCCUCCUGAGUACUCCAGCUGCCAGCCUUCCUCUGCACCACCACCGUCAUACGCCAAAGUAGUUGCUGCACCCGUCCCAUCCUUAGCGGGGGAUUCUGUACCUGACUGCACAUCAACAACCACUCCAGCCAGCAACACACCCCCCACUCCUCCUUUGCGGCAUUCUGCUUCCCGUUUUGCCACAUCUCUUGGUUCUGCCUUUCAUCCUGUGCUGCCUCAUUAUGCUACCAUACCACGCCCUCUCAAAACAACUGCUCCUCCCUCUCCAGUAAAAUCCUCCCCUCCCACUCCACCAUCCACAAAAUCCAUAGUAUGGUCUGCUUCCAAUUUUAGUCCACUCCCUCCUUCUCCACCAGUUAUGAUCAGUAGCCCUCCUGGUAAAGCAGCUGGCCCCCGACCUGUACUUCCAGUUUCUGUCCCUAGCCCUUUAGCCCAGGUGCCUCCUUGCCCUGCAUCUUGUAAUGGACCUCCAGAGUCCCCACUCACACCUCAGACAAUAUUGUCACCAAUAAACUCAGCUCCCCCUCUCCCUCCACCACCUCCACCCCUUCCACCUCUCAAUCUGUCCUCCUCUCCAGGCUGUCCUGCUUCUCCAAAUGCAUCUGUUGUGUCAACUCCCUCAUCCCAUCCUCGUGUUCUCCCUUCUCCCUCUGCAGCUUCCCCUGCCUCCGCUGAACACUCACUAAACUCUGUGUUGGGAGACUCCUCUGCUCCAGAGCAGCUGGCUUUACUGGGGGCCUCUCAGCUGGCUGAUCCUCAAACUUUGCCGGAAAAUAGUCCAGGCCCACCAGCUCCUCCUCCACCCCCUCCACUUCCUCCAGGAGCUUCACUACCGCUAGUGACAGGUCCUCCACCUCCUCCAUGCCCGCCUCCACCCCCACCUUUACCUUCUUCCUCUGGACCUCCACCACCUCCUGGACCUCCUCCACCACUUCCAGGCCAGGUACCACCACCUCCCCCACCCCCAGCCCCUCCUCUACCCACAGCAGGUUUCUCUCCUGUGUCAGAUGAAAACCGUCCGCUGGCUGGAUUAGCGGCAGCUUUGGCUGGAGCCAAACUGAGAAAAGUGCCAAGGAGUGAAGAUUCUACAAGCGUUGCAGCUGGCUCUACACUGACAAAAAUAGAGUCUAGUCGUGGAAAUGGACCACUGUCUGUGGGUGGAGGUGGUCUCAUGGAAGAAAUGAGUGCCCUGCUGGCCAGGAGGAGAAGAAUUGCUGAAAAGGGAUCAACACCUGAACCAGAAACAAAAGAAAAACAAGAGGAUGCAGAACCCACAUGUCCUAAGAUACCAGCAGCAAGUACUCCAGAUAUGGCUAGAAAGCCCUGGGAAAGAACAAACACUAUGAAUGGUAGCAAAUCUCCAGUUAUAUCAAGACCGAAGUCCACACCAACGCCAACUGGGUCCCUAAGUGCCAAUGGGGUGUCAGGAGAAGGAUUAGACUAUGACAGAUUAAAACAGGAUAUUUUAGAUGAAAUGAGGAAGGAACUGACAAAACUGAAAGAAGAACUUAUUGAUGCAAUCAGGCAGGAACUGAGCAAGUCAAAUAGUGCAUAGAAGAACAGGAGUUCCACUGCAGAUUUCUACAUUUGACCUGGCACUAGAGCUUUCGGGAGGGUGGGGGGGAAUAAAACUUUUUUUUAACAAAACUAAAAGAAAAUCUGAAGAGUGUUUUGCAAGAAGGACCCACUGUACUACAUUUUGGAACAUGGAGAGCCGAGCCUUGUUAUAGCGGCAGUGAAGAGCUUUCUUCUUUCCUUGGAGCUUGCUGCUUUGUCAUGACCACCUUGCCAGAGGGUGAAAAAAAGUCUUAAAAGUUCCUCUGAUAAUUUGCAAAGAGAGAGAGAUCUUGUAGUAAAUAAACAGUAUUAGUGCAGGAAAGUACUUCAUGCUGACAGACCAUUUGCACAUUCUGUAGACCUGAACUGCAAAGGCACACUGGGCAGGGGCAGGUUUCCAUCUUGCAGCCAUGUGCUGGCUACAGAGGAAGGCUUUCUUUUUUGGGAAAGAAGGACUUUAUAACAGGUUGUAGUCUUCUGCUGCAGGGCUCCAUAAAGCUUGUCUUCCUGAAAUACUCUUAUACCUGAAAUAUGUACAUUAAAUAUCUGGAGAUGUUUGUUCACGUCUGUUCUAAUGUUAAAAUCAUGGCCAUAUCAGGUAGCUUUAUGAUAUGUUAAUUGGAUGGCCUAUUUGUAGGAUUUUUGGCUUAAUAUUCUGAAAUAAUAAAUGCUGGAAAGCCUAACUAUAGUUAGCCUACAUUUGGACUAUUUUUCCUUUUAAAGUAUGAGGAGUCAAGUGAUCACAGAAGUAGAUGCCUUCCUACAUCAGUUUACCGCUUUACCAAAUCUGAGACUCCGCCAUACAAAUACAGUAGGUAUCAAAAGUGAAUCAAAUAAAGACCGCAUCUGUCAACGGAAUUUUUUUUUUUUUUCGUUUUUCAUUUCAUUUACUUAAACUUUAUUGCAUGUUCAGUUUUAUAAAAUCACACAGCCAUGCCAUCAUUUUUUUUUUUUUUGUAAGCAAUAAAUGUAACAUGACCAUUAAGUUGCCUUUUACACUUCUCCAAGCUUUUGGUUCUGUUAGGCAUUUCAUUUCUCCUUUAGUUAGUUUGUUGUUUCCGUAUUUCUUUUAUAGUUACUCAUUAAAAUUACAUGUUAUGAUUUCCACAGCUGUAUUGUACUAGGAGCUAAAUGCAUGCAUAUUGAUGGGGGAGAGAGCUGUGAACUGAUAGUCCUGGUUUGUUUACACUGACCUGAUUUAAGUUCUUAUUUAAUUGCUGUUUGUAUUUCAUUUAGACACCAGAAUGUUCCAAACUGGCUGUGAUUACCAUUGCUCUUUGGUAUUAGUGCCUCUCAGCCUCUCAAAUCAGUUUCUCCACAACACUGUCAAGAUAGCAACAGAGAGUUACACAAAAAGGGUAAAAACAAACAAACAAAAAAGGUUUCGCACUAACAUGUUAAUCCCUCUUAGUGUACUUUUUAUUAUUUAGUUAUUAAAAUGGAAAAAAAAAAAAAAAAACCAACCUUGCAGCCACAGCGUGUCAUUCUUCCAGGACAUUAGUGUUUUCAGUUAUUUUUUGAGUGACUCCUCACAAUUCAGUCCUAGCUGCGUUUUGCCAGAUUAAUCCAAGUGAACCACUAAAGAGGCGGAAUUCCUAUAAAGAAGUGGAGCCCAUUACUGCAGGGUGAGUAGAUUUCCUACGGCACACUUGGUAUGAUGUGCUCGAUCGCGUAGGUGCAAGUGUGACUAAGUUAAGUACAACGUCGUAGAGCGAGCAAAGCGGAUUUAAAAUGGUGCCAGCUGCUGUGUUUUGUGGGAUUCAUUUGAUGACUUCUCGUGUUAGCAUAUUUUGUUUCCACUUGUUUUGAAGAACCAAAACACUGAACUGCUGUAGUUUUGUGAAUGUACAGCAUGACUGCACUUUAGAACCCAUUUCAAGUCAUCUUGUGGUUAUACUCAAGUUUUUUUUUGUCCUCCUGGGUAUAGGUGGUUUAUUUUUCAAUAUAAACAUUGGAUAAUUUACUAAUAGAGCUCUUCCUCACGUUUUCUUUUACAUGUUUUCUUGUGAAUCUUUUAACUUCAUUUGAUUCUGUUUAUGUGGCAACUUUCUCCAUUGAUCUAAAUUAAGAUUGUAGGCAAAUUUGAUUUCUUAGUAAUCUAAUUAGGACUGUGCCUUGUUCUGAAACGAGUCUGCGAUGACACGGGUUCACUUGUUCCUUGUUUCUGCUUGUCUUCUUGUAAUUCUGAACGUGGGGAUUUGGAUAACCAUUUCAUAACGUGUGAACACUUCACAAAUGCUGCUGUCUGUGAGUAGAAGGUGGUGAUGAUGAUGAUGAUAAAUGAUCAGAUAGUAAUUUUGUUAAAAUCUCACAAAGGGUGAAAUGUGGGCUGUGGGAAAUCCAAAUCUCGUGUAAAAAUCUCUUGUAUUCAUUGCAAUCUUAUUAAUUGAAUGUCCAAAUCAAUAUGCUGGUGCUGAAGCCCUUUUAUUUACUAAUUAUUCUGAUAAUUAUGGGAAUGGCAGCCCAAGUCACACAUAUUGAAUGUUUUGAAAUGUUUUAAGCAUUUUUGUUUCUUUUUUUUUUUUUGUUUUUUCUUCUUCUUCUUCUACUCUGGGUUCUUUUCCAUUCACUUUGUACCACAAUGUUUAUUUCUGUUUCUUUUAAAUUUCAUACAAGCUAACAUUUUGUUUUUUGUUUGAGCGAAUGAAAUAAACUUGCAAUACAUUA